GAGUGUUGUGUCCGUGAGCUGGUCGCGGGCGGCGGGCACUCCGCUCACUCCACCCACUCCACACACACCUUGCCGCACUCCCUCCCGGCAUCCAUACAAAGCUUAUCUGCCACUGCACGCAGCCACUCUGCCAAGGGAGGCCACCCAUGCCAGUCAAGGAUACAAAGAGGCACACGAAGCCCGACUGGGCACGCCGCUGUUCCUUACGAGAAUUGGCGAUUUUUUCCUUGCAAAGAGGAUGGAAAAAUAGUUUUCCAUUUACUGGAAGCGGGAGCAACAAAAAGUAUUCCUCAAUUGUGCCAAAGUGUUCGGAACCUAUAUUGUGAUUACUGGAAUUAAUACAAUGUUGCCUAAGAUGAAGAUUCAACAGGCCUAUGAAGUCUGACAUUAGUGAUUAUUUGCAUACGUUUGUGAUAUGUUGUGAUGGAAUUAUAUGUUAUUGUGUGGUGCUGUGACAACGAGGUACAUGAAGUGUUUUACAGUGCUUAAACGUGUAGUGCUCACAAGUGAUUGGAGGUGUUCGUUAUCACUAUACUGUAGUAGUGAUAGAAGUAACAUAGCCAUAAAUAAGCAAUCUGAAUAACAAAAAUUAAAUAGGAAGUGUGUCAUCAAAACUGAAAACAAUCCAGGCUACCAAGCACAUGAUAAUGAUAGGCAAGCAAAAACCAAGCAUUAAUAAAUAUCGUCAUAGCUACCAGUGUUAACUAGUGAAGUCCAGAGGGCAGCUUAUUGCAAAGGUGCUAAUCAAGAGAGCCAUUUGUGAAAGUGUUGGACCUCUCAAAGUCACGAAUACCUUAGAAAUAACCAAAAAUAUCUGCCGGCUAAUAACAGGAAGGGAGAAAUAAAGAAAAAAUAUAUAACGACACACCGCAGCUACUAAUCACAGCACCCAGUAGUGCGAAGUAUUUGAAUAUAUCUGCGAAAAUGUUGACAUUAUUCUGCACGAAGUAUGUCAAAGUGGCCUUGAUAGACCAUGAUCAAGGUUAUCUAGUGACGACAGGACACGCGGACGCUAGUCAUACUAUAUAACAUUUCCAGCGAACAUGUCUCCACACCACUCAACCCACGCGAGAAAGCUAACAGGUUGAUUUUUUUUUUUUUUCCGCGGAAUUAUGCCCGGCUGUCGUAAACAAAUGUGUGAAGAGGACUGAGAAGAGGAGCCUAUCGAGGACACGGAAGGACCUGUAACCCUCUCUUCGCUAACCUCAAUGUUACCUGAGAUCCUGGGCGUGUCCAAGGAGGAUGGGGGCGUGGCUUGGGUGCCCCUCACGCCCAUCACCACUUUUAGGGACGUUGCCGCCUGUGUCAGGGAUACGGGGGACCCCCUGCCCCUGCUGGUGGAGACUUCGCCCCUCGGAGUGCGCGUUGUGGCAGGAUGGGAGCGUCCGCUGGAGCUGCUUCGUCUCUGGAACGGCUUGAAGGAUCAGGUAUCCUACACCGCGUCGUACAACCACAGGGACGACCCGAACGACCUUCUGUCCUCCUUCUCCAGGUCGUACCGAUUGGACGACGAGGAGGAAGAGUUGGACGAGAGAGACCAGAUAAGUCCGUGGGAGCUGUACGACCUCAAAGACGAGCUGAAGGAUAUCGGGGCGGAGCUCAGGCGCCCCUUGAAUGGCAGCAGUUCGAGGCCAGGCUUCCCAGGGGCGCCGUCCUUCAAGCGCCCGCCCCUGUCGCGCUCUCUCGAUGACAGCGACGACUUGGCGGUCGUGAGCAGCGACGGCGAGGCCGACUCCUCCUACAACUCGCACACUCGCAGCCCCAGAAACCUCUUCGUCAGGUCCAUCAUCAACAAGAAUGGUUUCAACCGACAGAACAGCCGCUCACUGCGACAUCCCGCCGACAAGAAAGGCCCCGACGCGCUCAAGCGGGUGGCGAAAUCCCCGUUCUCGCGUGGGAAGGCUUUCACAUCAUCCCUGCCGUCGAAAAGUCAUAGAAUUUUUAACUCGCCCGUCUAUUCGCUCAAGGAAUUGCAUUCGUCUCAGUUCCCCAUGAGUGUGUACCAUGCGGAUGCCGGGCACAGAAAACAUGCAUUCCGAGAGAGCGUGACAGAAAACGGGUCCCAUCACUUCCUCGGAAACUUUCCUGAAUUCGAGCGUCGCUGGGAUUACCUUCCUUCUCACGGGGAUUACGUGAACGGUAUGAACUGGACCAGGAAUCUCAGUCCUGUCAUUAGCAAAAAACAGAAAAUGAAGCCUGUAGAGUACAAACACUUAAGUACAAAGUCCGAGACGCGAAGAAAAUCGCCUCCUCCUCCUCCUCACAAUGGGUUGUUUUCGAGCGAGUUCCACAAUGGUACAAAAGGCCUGCAAAUCUCUCCGACAAGGCACACGCAAAACCACCAGAGCAAUUGCACUCAUCUCCUGCAAGAGUUCGUCAAUAACAGACUCGCAAGGGAUCUGCAGGCGAGGGAACCGAACAAUAGGAACGUUUAUCACGGAUCGACGAAAGUUUCGGAUCUUCCUGCUAAAAGCGGUCAUCACGCGCCUCGCAGGAGGGAAAAUCACGCUGCAGAUGAGGCAAGGAAUGGCCUCCCGAAGACUCACGCCUCGCCUCACGCCCAACGCGGAAUUAGGAGUGAAGUCAGCUCCCACCCUGCGAACGAGGAAAAGAGCAGACGGCAGCACAGUGAGCCUCGCUCCAGGUCAUCGACUAGAACCCCGAGUGACCUCGCAGGUCGUAGCCAGCGCCGCCCCUCACAGCAGCCCGUCAGCCCGAGCAUCAGGGCGGGCUGGCAGGGAACGCCCAAGGAGCUCAGACUUCUGCACGGGGAGAACUCCAAUGCUCCCCGGGGGCGCGACGGCGGAGCGACGGACAGGGCGGAGGAACACCGAGUGCGCGGCAGCAGGAGGAGCGAGGCCGCCCCCCGCACUGCCUCGGAGCGCCCCUCCAGGAGAUCCGGCGCCCAGCGUUCAGUGCACCGACGCUCCUAUUCCGACCCACUCUACGAGUACCUGAGGGAGGACCUGGGGGCGCUAGAUUUCCGGCGGCCUCCCGUGCGGCGGCGCAGGCACUCAGGCGGCGGAGCCCUGGCCGGCGAUGGUGGGAUGAGGGAUACUCACGGACCCCUAACACUGCUGCCUGACGGAUGCGAGCUGACGGUGGGUGAGCUGCGCGAUAUGGCGAACCGACAGCAGCAGCAGAUCGAGUCCCAGCAGCAGCUCCUGGUGGCCCGGGAGCAGCGCCUCAAGUACCUCAAGCAGCAGGAGUCUCGAGCCGCCGCCGUGGCAGCCGAAGCCGAGCGGCUGAGGAGGCUGCGGGAGAGGGUCGAGGCGCAGGAGGCUAAGCUCAGGAGGCUGCGCGCCCUCAGGGGACAGGUGGAAGCGACGCGGCACAACACGGCCUCCCUGACGACGGACCUGGACGCAAUGCGCCACCUGUUCAGCGAGAAGGAGAAGGAGCUGGUGGUGGCCGUCUCGAAGGUGGAGGAGCUCACCCGCCAGCUGGAGGAGCUUCGCCACGGCCGCUCCCCGCUCAACCCCAACAACCAGCACCACAGUGAGCUGGAUAAGCUGCGGAGAGAGCUGCUGUACCGCAACAGCGUGAACCGCGAGGCGUCCGCGCGCGUGGCGGCGCAGCGCGAGACCCUGGCGGCGCGGAGGGACGAAAUCACGCGCAUCGACAAGCGCAUCUCCGAACUCCAGCAGCGCCUGCACAGGAAGAGAAUUCUCAACCACCAGCUCGCUUCCCAGAUAACGGCGGCCACUCAGGCCAAACAAGCUCAGUUGAAGGCCGUGCAGCAGAAGGCCAUGCGCGAUGGCAUCCACUCUGAGAACUCCGCUGAUGACACUCACACCCCCGACCAUCUCAAGCUUCCUCCCGGCGAGGACCUCGGAGAGUUUGGUCCCAACAAGAACGACCCCAAGUACCAGACCUUGCCCUACAACACCAAGUUCUCCGUGACCUUCAAGACCAAGAGCGCCGGGGGCGGAGACUCCGACUCGGCCCCCACCACGCCCACCGGCCUCGCGCCCCCCAGCGGCCUGCCGGACCUCCCCGCUCCAGCGCGCAGAACAACGGCACCGCCGCCGCCAACGGCUCCGUGGUCACCAGGACGGUCCACAGCAUACCCACGCACCCGCCCUCCCGCGGCCACGCCCACGCGCCCGCCCUCAGCCAGGGGCCCCAGCUCGCCCCGCCGCCGGCCGCCCUCAAGCCCGCCCCCAACCCUGCGAUGGGUGUAUGGUCCGGGAGCACAGCAGUUCAGCCAGCGGUCGCAGCCUCUUGGAGGAUCAACUUUAGGGCAAAAUCAGGAUUCUCGCUCCCUACUCCCUCCCACCUCCCUCUCUGUCUCCUUCAACCAGAAGCUGAGUCCCGGGGUGACGGCGCACGCACAGAGCAGGACGCUGUUGUUGCCUCAUCACCACGCUCAGGACGUCGACAUGCGCGAGGGGAGCGAGGACCUCCCAGCGGCCAGCGAGGGCGGGCGGAACAAGCCAGCGCUGCCUCCCAAGCCAGUCGUACCUUCCAAGCCGCUCCCUCCCCCCCGCCAGAAGGGAGACCCCCUCGUGGCGAGCAACGAGAGUCUGAACGCGACGCAGACCUCCGUUCGCGGCGGCGCUCAGGGAAGACCCCAGCAAGGGUACAGGUAUGCAAGUCAGAACGUAAUAAUGUCGACUUACACGCAGCAGCCUCCUGGCCCUGACAACCAAUCCGGCGACGGCUCUGACGACAACAACCGCUCCAAAGUCCUCAUCAACAACAACAACAACAGCGGCGGCGCCAAGUCGGAGAGCGAGGGCGGCGAGAAGGUGCACGUGUCGAUCAACAGCCGCAUCGAAAUGCCUCCGGACUUCAUGUUCCCCGAGGACGAGACCCCGCCGUCGGACCUGCUGGGGCGGAGGGUCGAGGAGAUCGAGAACGGGGCCGUUGACGCGGUGGACAACCUGCAGGUGCCGCCCGCCCUGCCGCUGAGCGAGCUGGAGAAGCUCCGGAUCGACAACGCCAAGGAGGAGCGGUGCAGCCAGGAGGACCUCCACGCGGCGAACAACAACGCGCCGGGAGGGAACAUCCCCAGCGACGACUCCCGGCAGCCGGACGGGGCGGAUACCAGUUCGGUGCCGAUCGAGGGACAUACAGAAGGCGACGGAGAGAAGAGCAACGGAUCGACGAGCCUUAUCAACAAUAACAACAACAACAACAAUAACAACAACAACUCCAACACCUCCAUCGUCCGCCGCAUCAAGAAGGGGAACCUCAAGACCAAGAACUCCUCCCGCGUGCCCCGCCGGGUGAGCUUCGACCCCCUGGCCCUCCUCCUCGACGCCGCCCUCGAGGGGGAGCUCGAGCUGGUCAAACGCACCGCCAUGGAAGUGCCCAACCCCUCGGCCGCCAACGACGAAGGCAUCACCGCCCUGCACAACGCCAUCUGCGCCGGACACCUCGACAUCGUCACGUUCCUCGUCACCUUCGGCUGUGACGUCAACGCGCAGGACUCGGAUGGAUGGACCCCAUUACACUGCGCUGCCUCCUGCAACAACGUAGCAAUGGUGAGGUUCCUGGUUGAGCACGGCGCUUGCAUCCUCGCCACCACGCUGUCUGACCACGAGACGGCAGCGGAGAAGUGCGAGCAGGAUGAGGAAGGAUACGACGGAUGUUCCCAAUAUCUGUAUAGCGUUCAAGAGAAGCUCGGCAUAAUGAACGGGGGCGUCGUGUUCGGCGUGUACGACUACGAGGGCCAGGCAGGAGACGAGCUCACUUUCCGCUGUGGAGACGCCCUGACGAUCCUGAGGCGCGGCGACGAGUACGAGCGAGAGUGGUGGUGGGGACAGCUGCGCGAUAUUCAAGGCUACGUCCCUCGGAAUCUCCUCGGGCUGUAUCCUCGAGUGAAGAGCCCCGUUCGUGAUUCCUGAGGACAGAAGGCGGCCACGGGGAAACAGGCUACCUUCUACCCUCUUCCAGGUCGUAACACAAAACUGGGAUAGAUUCAUCUGAUAUUAUUAUUUUCUUUCCAAGUUUCGUUUUAAUUCUCCCUCCGGUACUGUCAUUUUGAGGCGAGAAAGAGAGAAAGAAAGAGAGAGAUAGAGACGGUCGCCCAAGAUAUCGUAGACGACGAGGCAGACGUGUCUUGGGGUCGCUAUCAACUCUCGAGCUGACAUGUUUACAGGGGACUAAUUUAUGACUUUGUGACCGAAACAGAGUGAACGUGUAUGUUUCUCUGUUUCCGAGACAGGACUAUUUAUUUUGGUGGUAGAGUGGCAGCUAUUAAAUUCUAAUAAAAAAUAUCGUUAUGCUUUUUCAGUCAUGUUAAUAAGGCAAAGCAGAGCUUACUCUUCCACCUCCAAAACUUUCUUGUUCAUUUUCUUGUGACUGAAGCAGACUAGUGCCUUACGUAACAGACAACCUGCAGAUAUUAGUGUUCUCUGUGAUUAUGACUGAACUACAGUGAGAUUGUGAAACUCUGUACUGUAAUACAUAUCUAUACAUGCUGUAUAUAUCAGAGGAUGUAUAUUCUGUACUGCUUUGGAUGCUGCUAGGUAAUAUUUUUGACAUACAUAAUUGCAUCAGCUUCUGCAGGAGGAGACUUCCACAGACUGGACGACAAUGAUGAAGGUUUUGAAGUCAUCAGUAAUCCACUAAAUACACGAAUAAAAAAAACAAAAACAUCAAUGCUUUGUUUCAUCAUUGUCAUCUGUAAGCCACUGGACACUAAAAAUGUUACAGUGAUAUGAAGCUUGUGUGAAUGUCCUUUUUUCAAGGGAAUGAAACCCUGAAACAAAGCUAUUUUUCUAGCAUGACGACUACACAAUAUUGUUAAUAUUUUACUAUUAACUGUACUGAUAUACACAAUUGAAAUAAAAAGUUGCCAUAUGAAA